GGUUUAUGAUUGCCACACUUGCUGCUGCUUCUCAUAUCGCUUCAAUCCCCAUCAACAUUUCAUUUGGCCAAGACCCUGUCUUACCUUUCUUCUUGGUGGGUAAGUGGGCUUGGUGAUAUGAAGGACAGAUUUCUUGUUUGCCUGAAGUUAAAUCCAAGCUGACCUGUCACUACAAAUGGACAGUUUUUCAAAGAUGAGGCUUGGUGGAACAGCUUCUUGGUAUCUCAACUAUGGAAGGCCAACUUCGUGCUAAUGUGGACAUUUCUGUGAAAAAACCUCCAGGAGCAAGCCCUCAGUCUUUCAUUGCUUUGCUGAAGGUUCACCGAGAGCUUCUGGUCAGCAGGAUCCGAAACACGCAGUGUUUGAUUGAUAACUUGAUUAAGAAUGACUACUUCUCCACUGAAGAUGCAGAGAUUGUUGUCCAGUUUCCCACUCAAGCAGAUAAGGUUCGCAAAAUUCUAGACUUGGUUCAAAGCAAGGGAGAAGAAGUUUCGGAAUAUUUCGUCUUUGUCCUGCAGAAAGUCACCGAUGCUUACUAUGAACUUCAGCCUUGGCUGGAGGAAAUAGGUUACGAGCCUUCAGAGAGUAUUUGUAGUAAACCUGUGGUAAAUACAGAUCCAGUUAGCAGGUAUUGCCAGAAACUCAGACAUGAGCUGGGAUGGGACUCCAAGUUUGUUAUGUUGUAUGCUCAGAAGGAGGAGAUGGUCCUUGAAGAAAUCUACUCCAACAGUAUUAUGGAGCUGGUCAGUUUUACCAAUGAGAGUCUUGGCCAGGUGGGUCAAUUAGAAGCCCUUUUUGAUGAUGCAACUGGGCUAAUUAAUGAAGAUGGAGAGACUAUUUAUGUCUAUGGUGAUGCAGGAAUUGGAAAAUCCAUCUUGCUGCAAAAGAUACAAAGCCUUUGGGCCAGAAAGGAAUUGGACAUAGGGGCCAAGUUUUUCUUCCGUUUUCGGUGUAGGAUGUUUAGCUGCUUCAAGGAAGAUGAAGUCAUAUGUUUGAAAGAUCUGCUCUUCAAGUAUAAUUGCUACCCAGACCAGGACCCCACAGAAGUGUUCCAUUACAUCUUGCAGUUCCCUCAUACAGUUCUUUUCACUUUUGAUGGCUUUGAUGAGAUCUGUUCCAACUUUGAUCUCAGCAGCGUACCUGAGAUAUGCUCACCCAAUGAACCCAUCCACCCCCUGGCGCUGCUUGUAAGCCUUCUCAGAGGAAAGCUUCUUAAGGGAUCCAAGAAAAUUCUUACUGCCAGGACAGGAACUGAGAUCCAAAAAAACAUCAUUAGGAAGAAGGUGUUGCUCCGUGGUUUCUCCAGGAAUAACCUGAAGGAAUACACAGCUAUGUUUUUCAAAGAUGAGCGGCAACGAGCACUGGUAUCAAACCAGCUGGAAGCUAACCCAAAUCUCUGCAGUUUGUGUUCAGUGCCUUUAUUUUGCUGGAUUAUCUUCAAAUGCUUUGAGCACUUCCACUCCAUGUUUGACAGCCACGAGCUUCCAGACAGUUCAGUUACAUUAACAGAUGUAUUUCUGCUCAUGAUUGAAGUCCACCUGAACCGAUCUGUGAAAACAAGUUUGCUGAAGAACAAUAUCAGGAGUCAAGCAGAGAUGUUCAGAACAAGAAAGGAAAGUCUUCUAGCUUUGGGUAAAAUGGCAUACAAAGGGAUGGAGAACUCUUCCUUUAUCUUUGAGCAGGAGGAAGUCUCAUCAGCAAACAUCUCUGAAGAAGAUUUGCAAUUGGGCUUUCUCAGGAUAGUUAAAUGUUACAGUGGCUGUGACAGUCAGGCCACUUAUGAGUUCUUGCACUUAACCCUUCAGUCUUUUUUCACAGCUUUGUUCUUGGUUAUGGAGGAGAAGGUGGGUACCAAGGAGUUACUUGAGUUUUUCAAUGAAUGUUCUUCCAUGGAGACUGCCCAGCCUACUUGCCUUCGUAUCCCCUGGCUGAAGAAACAACUAGCAGGGGAGGAUCCUUUCCAAAAUAAAGAACACUUUAAUUUUACCAACAUGUUUCUUUGUGGCCUACUUUCUGGAUCCAAGCAGAAGCUCUUCAGACAUUUAGUUUCACCUGCGGUCAUUAAGAGGAAGAGAAAAACACUCAUCACAUACCUUGGGGAGAGCAUGAAAUCCCAUCUGAAAGGCUACACUCGGUCCAGGCUUAAAAGCUACAACCAGGUGCAGGUGCAGCCCAACUUUGUGUGGAUGCUGAGGUGCCUGUAUGAGACGCAGAGUGAGAAGGUGGGGAGGAUGGCAGCCCGCCGCAUGCACGCCAACUACAUCAAGCUGGCCUACUGCAACGCCUGCUCUGCCGACUGCAGCGCCAUCUCCUUUGUUGUGCACCACUUCCAAAAGCACCUGGCUCUGGAUUUGGACAACAACAACAUCAAUGACUAUGGAAUAAAACAGCUGCAGCCUUGUUUCAGCAAGCUUGCAGUGAUCAGGCUCAGUGUAAAUCAGGUCACAGAUCAUGGCGUAAGGAUCUUGUAUGAAGAACUCUCCAAGUACCAAAUUGUGUCUUUCUUGGGCUUAUACAACAACCAAAUCACUGAUGUUGGAGCCAAAUAUGUUGCAAAACUAAUUGAAGAGUGUUCAAGCCUUGAAUAUGUAAAAAUAGGAGCAAACAAAAUAACGAGUGAAGGAGGGAAGUGCCUUGCCCAGGCCAUCCAGAAGAGCAAGACAAUGUUUGAAAUUGGGAUGUGGGGUAAUCAAGUUGGAGACGAAGGAGCAAAGGCAUUUGCAGAGGCCCUGAGGAACCACCCCAAGUUAACAAACGUGAGUCUCGCAUUCAAUGGCAUCACGACAGAGGGAGGCAAAAGAAUUGCUGAAGCCAUGCAACACAACAACUCUGUGAGGAUAUUCUGGUUGACUAAAAACGAGCUGGAUGAUGAGGCAGCAAUGAGUUUUGCAGAGAUGCUGAAGGUCAACAAGAAACUGGUGCAUUUAUGGCUUAUCCAGAAUCAAAUUACAGCCAAAGGGGUGAAGUGCCUCAGCGAAGCUCUCAAGGAGAACACAACUAUUCAAGAAAUCUGCUUGAACGGGAACCUGAUAAGCCAAGAAGAGGCCAAAGUUUUUGAAAAUGAAGAGCGGAUCAUUUGCUUUUGAAUGAGGACUUUCCCAUUUUGCCAAGCUGGUGUUAACAAAGGUUACUCCUACAUUUGGACUGCAGAGUUUAUAAAGGCAUAAAUCUACAGUGCUUGUGGCAGGAGAGAGAUACACAGUGAGCUGCCUUUUUAUGAACACACUGCAUUCCCUCAGCUCCAUCCCUUACCCUGCCCAUUAUUCUUAAUCCUUUUGGUGAGUGGGAAGUUGCCUGGGUAAAUAAUUAAUGUUUGUUUGGUGCUUUGAAGAUGAAAUGCAAAGUGUUAAUAGACUAAAUCCACUGGCAGGUGUAUGCAUUUUGAUAACUGAGUUUAGAUCUAUUCUGUACAGUGAUGUAAAUAAUCUCUUAUUUAUAUAUGUAAAUAAAGACACACAAGUGUCUUUAUCAAUAUAAAAAAAAAAAACAAAAAAAAACCCCAUAUGUAAGAAAGGGUGCAAGAUGCACAAACUCCACCAGCUCUGAGCUCUGCCUCAGAACUGAAAAUUAAUAUAUACACAGCUUUACCAGAAAUGGUAUCUAUAGUAGUUGCUUGGUGUCAGUGUUUUGAACAUUAAUGCCUUCAUCCUGCCUAGAAAUCAGAUCCCUAUUUCUCUACUGACUACAGGCAGCAUUGUAGACACUGCUUUUUUGUUGUUGGUGGUUUUUUUUUUAGAUGGGUAGAAAUGGAUGCAUCAGGCUCAGAUUACUUUCAGUAAUUUUUUUUCCCAUAUCGAAGCCAAUCCAUUUUCUUUCAUGCAACCAGAAGUCCUUCCUGCCACCACUGUAAAACCAUAACACAGGCAGUAAACCACUUCUGCUUCAAAUUUCCAGAGGGCUGCAUAGAAACAGCUGCCUCCUGUUUCCACCGUGUUUGUUCUGGGGAGGGGGUCUGGAGAGAAAUGUGAACAAUUAAUUAGCAGGCUGUUCAUUGUCUUGGCUCCUGGCCUGGGCACCGUGCUGGUGGCACUACCCAGCAUCAGUGGGGAGAAAGGACGAUUGAAAAUCAGCUGCAUCAAGUAGAAAUCCCUUCUCCCAGCAACAGGCAAGCACACAGGAGGAUUGAGAUUGGCUUGGAAAGCUUUUAUGCUUGAAUCAGUGGACAGAGCAAGGCAAGGGGCAGCAGUAAUAAUAAGGACCAGCAAGAAAACAUGAUCUUCCCCUAAAUUAUUAUUGUUUAGGAAGUGUAACUUUAGAGGCUUUAAAAGAAACCAGUUAGCAAAGGAGUGGGGUAUUUGAUUAUUUUUUGUGGGAGCUUUAUAAACUCAAACUCUACCCCGCAGUGUAGGAGGUAGUUUGAGUUUAUAAACCUAAAAUAGAAGUGUGAGCCAUUUUCCUUCCUUCUCCCAUGCUACCAUCCCCCCCCACUCAAACUCUGAGAAACAAUUCUCCAGUUGCUGACUAACCCACAAAACCUUGGUAGGUUGGAAGAAGAAUCUUCAGUUUAAGUGCCAAAGUAGUGAACCCUUACCUUCCCAUCUCCCAAAUCUGCCCCAUGAAGCAAAGAAAAUGCUUGCUUUGCAGGUCUGAGCUUCUCCAUUUCCCAUGUGGUAGCAAACCUUUCCCAGCCCUCAAUUCUGUCUACUCCCUUCAGCUCCCCAACACAUUUUAAAAUGCUCACAAGGGUUUCUCACAAAACCUGCAGUUAUAAAGGAAAAAAUGAGAAAAAAACCCAACUUAGUUAUUUUUCAAUGGCUUUUCCUCUGUGCCUGUGGUAUCAACACUGAUUUUUCACAGGGAGACAGAUGAGGUUUUUCAACCAUGCCAGAGGGAACUCGGCUAACGUGAAUGAUUUCUGCACCUGAGCCAUUUGUUUACUGAAGCAAAAGGGCACACAGUUACAGAUGAACUGGAUUUCAAUUGCCAAAACAUCUGCCAAAGCAAAGCCUUUUAAAGACUUCUCAGUGACUUUAACAAAUCAGAGACUCAUGCACCUUGUCAAAGUGUGUUUUCCCAGCCUACUCUGAUGGAAGGGAGAAGAUACUGGUGUAAGGAAGGGCCUUCACCAGAGGUGUCAUUUGCCUGUGUUUGAGGAAGUGUGCUCCUACUUUGCUCUAAUCACAGAAUUACUUACCAGGUAGAAAACAUGUUUAAAACUACAGUUCCUGUCUUCAUUUCACUAACUGACUAAAAGAGCUUCCCCCAAGCUUUCCAGUGUGGUCACAUCUGCCCCUUUUUUGGGCUAGAGCAGCCUUUGGCAUUGUUCAUAGUGACAAGCUCAGCCCUGUUGCAAAUCUUGUUCCAUACCUGGCUGUUACAAGCUGGGCAUCCAGGGGAUGUUUUCAGGGACAGUAGCAUUUACAGGGCUACAGCAGCAUUUACAGGUCUGCAGCAGCUAAAUGCAGCCUCAGGGUAAGUGGUGGCAGGAUCAAGCCCAGCUGCAUGUAGGACAGAGCUAGGCACUGAUUACAGUGCCAGAGACAGAGCCAGUCACAGCCACUUCUUCCAGAGGUGAUUCUGGGCAGCAGACGGUUGUUUGGACUGGGCUGAAGGUCUGAGCACAGCUCACUCUGGGUUUGACAGAACCAAGGGGUUUCAUAGCAUCCUGCUCCCAGCUCAGCCAGAGCAGGGUGUCUGCUUCUCAGAGCACAUCGCAGCUCUGGGAGUCAUGCUGGGCAAACUGGUUGCUGCUCUGGGAGCAGCCAGACAUCCCUUGUUUAUCUGCACAGCGUUUCUGGCCUCUUCGUAAGGGGCAUUGGAGCCCUCACUUCUGCAGCUUGCAGUGAGAGCCUUGUUUACUCAGAGACAACUGUAACUUUUUUAAGACUUGUUUGUAAUUUGCUGAAGCCUUCUGUGUACACAGCGUCAUG